CUCGUGCGUAAUUUAACACCCUGCCAGCACCCCGUUUGUCACAGUUCCUCUGGACUUUACACAGAACAGGAUCGAACCGCGGAUCGAACCACGGAGAUUGUUUUAACGCAAAAUGGAAAUGAAGCUGCUGGCACUGGUGGCUGCGUUGACAGUGAUGAUAUACACACCUGGCUCUCAAGCAAAGCCCAUCAGUCUGGUUGAGCGCUGCUACUGUCGUUCAACCGUAAACAGCCUCCCACGAGGAUACAUCCGUGAGCUCAGGUUCAUCCAUUCACCAAACUGCCCCUUCCAAGUGAUCGCCAAGCUGAAGACAAACAAAGAGGUGUGUUUGAACCCUGAGAUCCGAUGGCUUCAGCAGUACCUGAAGAACGCCAUCAACAAGAUGAAGAAAUCCAAGCAGGGCAUCUGAAAAGCUUUGAUGGAUCCUCCCGAGCCGACUCAGAGGAUGUAGCCUGCCGUCACAGAGAGGCAUCACAAAGUCAUCCGAUACGGUGAACAGCAUUUAUCCCAGCUGCAGCGUGUCGUGGAAGGAACACCAGUUCAACCGUUCGCUGUCAUUGUCUCCCGCCACUUUUUACAAAUAUUGUUUUUGUGCCAUUGCAUCUGUGAGUGUAUUGUAUAUAAGCUUUGCUUUGUAAAAAGGAAAGAGGUAUUUUUGGAGAUAUAAUCACUCUGCCUUUGUGCAUUUUAAUUAAAAAAGAUAUAAACCAGGGCAAAAGUGUUUAUAAAAAGAAGGGAUUCAUGUUCACAAUGAACAUAACUCUUGAGCAGUUUUGUUCAGCCAGGAAAUUAUGAUUUUAAUGGUGGAUCUGCUCUACAGGAAAGUUUAUGCUUUCAAAUUGGAUCUAAAACAAACAAAGUUUCUUUCUCCAGAAAAUUGGUGAAAGUGAAAUUGCCCCAAGAUGUGCUCAAGAUCCAAAUAAAAAUGACAUUUACAACGCUUUUGUGAAAGAAAACCGGGAUGCCAAAAGAGUGUUUCCUGAGCCGUGUUGUGGCUCUGCGUUGUGCUUUUGCAACUCUGAUUCACCCCAGUGUGCUUUUUUCCUGUCUUCUUUAUUUUAAACGGAACAUCUGGUUCCCAAAAAGUUUUAAUUAAGCAGCCAAUGAGCAAAAAUUUACUGCAAUCCUAAAGUUGAGGGGAAAACAGAUCUAGUCAGAGUUGGCAGCGCUGGUAUCUGUGUGGGUUGUGUGAACGCACGCAACUAGAACACUUGCACAUCCGUUUUUUAUUACACACGUAAAACUGAUAGCUGCUGAAAAAGACUGAGAACUAAUAAAUAAGCAGACGUGACUCCCCCCUACAACUGCAAUGCCCAUUUCAAAGCUUUUAAAGUGGUAAAUGCCCUGUACUUGUAUAGCGCAUUAUAUGUGAUCUACUUGCGUCUUAACAUCCAUUUAAUUUCCAUCUCUGGUCAUUAAUGUUUGUCUUUUGUCAUGUUUUUAAUGUUUAUCAUAUUUCUGUUUUGCUUUUUUGAUCACUGAAUGUGUAAUGGCAUUUAUUGUUUUAUAUCUAAUGGAUCUUUACAUGUAUUCAUUUAAAUAUCUGUCAUAUGUAAAAGUAUGUUACACAAAAGUUUAUUUUUGUACUCAUUCACAUGUAUUUGUUACAUUUAAAUGAAGGAAUUGUACUGUUAGCCAUCCACUUUUCUUUUAUUGUGAAACCUUUUUACUGCUGAUGAGUUAAAAAAGAGGGUAUUUUUCUUAAACAUGGACACCUUUCUCCUACAUAACCAGAUUUUUACCCACUGAUGCACACAAACAAACAACAAACAAACAAAC